AUGAGCGACGAGGUCUACGAGGGCGCGAUCGGUAUCGAUCUCGGUACCACUUAUUCCUGCGUUGCAAACUAUGAGGGCACCAAUGUCGAAAUCAUCGCGAACGAGCAGGGUAGCUUCACCACACCGUCUUUCGUCUCUUUCACGGCGGAAGAGCGCUUGAUUGGCGAGGCGGCGAAGAACCAAGCUGCCAUGAACCCCGAGAACACCGUCUUCGAUGUCAAACGUCUUAUUGGACGAAGAUUCGACGAUGAGACCGUCAAGAAGGAUAUCGAGUCGUGGCCGUUCAAGGUCACCAACAGCAAUGGCAAUCCCAUGGUGCAGGUCGAGUACCUGGGCGAGACGAAGAGUUUCUCGCCACAGGAGAUCUCUGCUAUGGUUCUUGUUAAGAUGAAAGAAGUUGCGGAGACCAAGCUCGGCAAGAAGGUGGAGAAGGCCGUCAUUACCGUCCCCGCCUACUUCAACGACAACCAACGGCAAGCCACCAAGGACGCCGGCUCAAUCGCUGGCCUUAACGUCCUCCGCAUCAUCAACGAGCCCACUGCCGCCGCCAUCGCCUACGGUCUUGGAUCUGGCAAGUCUGAGAAGGAGCGCAACGUAAUGAUCUACGAUCUUGGUGGUGGUACUUUCGAUGUGUCCCUCCUCCACAUUCAGGGAGGCGUGUUCACCGUAAAGGCUACGGCUGGUGAUACUCAUUUGGGUGGUCAGGACUUCGACACGAAUCUGCUGGAUCACUUCAAGAAGGAGUUUCAGCGCAAGGCUAAGAAGGACAUUUCAGGAGACGCGCGUGCCCUUCGUCGUCUCCGGACAGCAUGCGAGCGCGCCAAGCGUACGCUCUCCAACGCCACUCAGACUACGAUCGAGAUCGAUUCUCUAUUCGACGGUGAGGACUUCAACGCCAAUAUCACCCGCGCUCGUUUCGAGGACUUGAACGCCAAGGCUUUUAACGGCACGCUUCAGCCUGUUGAGCAGGUGUUGAAGGACGCCAACUUGGAUAAGAGCAAGGUUGACGAGAUCGUGCUUGUUGGUGGUUCCACACGUAUUCCGCGGAUACAGAAGCUUCUCAGCGACUUCUUUAACGGCAAGAAGCUCGAGAAGAGCAUCAAUCCCGACGAGGCUGUUGCCUAUGGUGCGGCUGUGCAAGCCGGUAUUCUUUCCGGCAAGGCGCAAUCCGCUGACACCGCCGAUCUCCUCCUGCUCGAUGUUGUUCCUCUUUCCCUCGGUGUUGCCAUGGAGGGCAACAUCUUCGCCCCUGUCGUCCCUCGCGGCCAGACUGUCCCUACGAUCAAGAAGCGCACUUUCACCACAGUUGCUGACAACCAGCAAACCGUCCAGUUCCCUGUGUUCCAGGGCGAGCGUGUCAACUGCGAGGACAACACCUCCCUCGGCGAGUUCACUCUUGCACCUAUCCCACCGAUGAAGGCUGGUGACGCUGUCCUCGAGGUCGUCUUCGAGGUCGAUGUCAACGGUAUCCUCAAGGUCACUGCCACCGAGAAGACCUCCGGCCGCAGCGCCAACAUCACAAUCUCCAACUCUGUUGGCAAGCUGUCAUCGACCGAUAUCGAGACCAUGAUCAACGACGCUGCCAAGUUCAAGAGCAGCGACGAGGCUUUCAGCAAGAAGUUCGAGACGAGGCAACAGCUUGAGGCCUACAUCUCCCGUGUCGAGGAGAUGGUCUCUGACCCGACAAUGUCCAUGAAGCUGAAGCGCGGCCAGAAGGAAAAGAUCGAGUCGGCCCUCAGCGAGGCCAUGGCUCAGCUCGAGAUCGAGGACGCGGGUGCCGAUGACCUCAAGAAGAAGGAGCUGGCUCUCAAGCGCACCGUCACCAAGGCGUUCUCCACCAGGUAG